GGGCUGGCGGUGACGUGCGAGGUGUGCCCGCACCACCUGUUCCUCACGCAAGAGGACGCCGAGCGCCUGGGCCCCGGCCUGGGCUCCGUGCGGCCCGUGCUGGGCUCCGAGGAGGACCGCAGGGCGCUCUGGGACAACCUGGACGAGAAGACGGGCGAGAAGCCGCCGCCGGGCUUCCCGGGGCUGGAGACGGUGCUGCCGCUGCUGCUGACGGCUGUCGCGGAGGGAAAGCUCUCCAUGGAGGACCUGGUGGACAAGUUCCACCGCAACCCGCGGCGCAUCUUCGGCCUGCCCGAGCAGCCGCACACGUACGUGGAGGUGGACCUGUCGGAGGAGUGGAUGCUGCCGGCGGCGCCGCCCUACCUGCCAAGCGCGGCUGGUCGCCGUUCGCGGGCGGCGCGUGCGCGGGCGGGUGCGGCGCGUGGUGCUGCGCGGCGAGACGGCGUACGUGGACGGGCAGGUGCUGGUGCCGCCGGGCUUCGGCGUGGACGUGCGCGAGGCGGCCGGCGGCGCCGCCAAGCGCCACGAAGCUGUCGGCGCCGGCCCACGCCGCGCGCGCACACGCCCGAGCCCCUGGCGCCGCCGCCGUCGCUCGCCGCGCCGCGCCCCGCCGCCUGGGGCGCCGACGGCGCACGCACGUCAGCG